AUCUGUUACACCAAUUACAACCAUUGCACCUAUUACAACCAUUAUACUCAUUACAACUGUUAUACAAAAUACAACUGUUACAUUGAUUAUAGUUAUUACACCUAUUAUGGCAAAAAUUACAACUUCUAGCAUAAAAAGUUGCAACCUUUCAACUUUGGAAAACAUAUUACGGCAGACAACCUUACUGCCAAUCAUAUGA